UAAAUUUAUUAGUUUAGCUUUUGAUUCUAGCACUGAUAUUUCAGCCACAUCACAAUGUUCUAUUUUUGUUAGGUAUUGUACUGAACAAAAUUCUAUUAAUGAAGAUUUUUUGAAAUUCAUUCCAAUGAAAUAUCAAACAAGAGGCAUCGGUUAUCUCGAUGUUAUUAGUAAUUUUCUUGACAACAAUGAUAUUGAUAUUAAAAAAUUGGUUUCUGUGUGCACCAACGGAUGUCCAUCGAUGACCGGAUGUGUAAAGGGGUUUAUUUCUUUAUUGAAAAAAAAAUAUAAUUUAACAAACACAUUGUCUUUCCAUUGUAUUAUUCACCAAGAAAACUUGGCAGCACGCAUCUCUAUUCAAGAAGUAGAUUUAGUAAUGAAAAACGUAGUAAAAAUUGUGAAUUAUAUUCGAGCAAAUGAAUUAAAUCACAGAAAAUUUAAAAGUCUUUUAGAAGAAAUGAACAGUAAUUACAGUGAUGUUCUUUUACAUACUUCGGUGCGUUGGCUUAGUAGAGGUAAAGUACUGGAAAGGUUUUUUGUUAACGAUUAGAAAUUACUACAUUUUUGCAAAAAAAACAAAUUUGAUGAAAUUAAAAAUAAUAAUUGGUGGUGCCUUUUAGUUUAUAUGUGUGAUAUCACAGAAAAACUUAAUGAACUCAACCGCGGUUUACAGGGUGACAAUAAAAUUAUUUCGCAGAUGGAAAAUAAAGUUUUUGCUCUUGAAGAGAAACUGGAAAUUUAUCAAAAGGAAAUAGAAAACAAAAUACUACAUAAUUUCCCUACCCUUUCCAAAUUUAUACAUGAUGAUAUUAUCAUUUCUCAACCAAACAAUAUAAUAAUUUUAAUUCAUUUAGCUGCCUUAUCCAAUGAAUUUAAAAAAAUAUUUCAGGACUUAAGAAGUGUGAAAAGUUGCUUUUUACUUGUAGAAAAUCCUUGGCACUUAGAAGUUAGUAGUUUAACACAAUUUGCUGCAUUAAUUGUAUCUGAUAUUUCAAAAUUAUUUGAUGAAUUUAUUGAAUUGAAAAAUGAUAUAAAUUUGGAAAUUACUUUCAAAGAAAAAAGAGAAAAAAAACAAUACAUAGAAUUUUGGAAUUUAGUGCCAGGAAAAUACAAAACCAUACAAAAAUGUGCUCACUUUUUGUUAACAAUGUUCACAUCAACAUAUUUAUGUGAAACUUCAUAUUCUAAAAUGAAAUAUGCAAAGAAUAUGUACAGAAAUCGGCUUACUGAUUCACAUCUUGACGACUUGUUAAGAGUAGCAUGCAACAGAAAACCAGAUAUAUCCAAAAUAAUAAAGAAUAUAUCUCAAUAUCAAAAUUCACACUAGUUUAAAAUGAUUAUUUAAUGUUUUAUAAUAAAUUUUUAAAUGUUCUAUACAUAAUAUAUAAAUGUAUUUUUAGUUUUUUUUUUUUAAUCUCCU